AAAUUUAUUAUUCUGUCCAAGUUCCGGUUUAAUACUUCCGGUUUCGAAGCACGCAAGAAAAGCUGCCGACUUUAUUUAUUUAUUUUUUUAAUAUUUUGUUGGAUGACGAUUUUGUAAAAUGUUUAGAAAAUUUGAUGAAAAGGAGAUGAUCUCCAAUGUGAACAAUGCCAAGUCAUCAGUUCAAAAAGGAAUCAAAGCUUCAUUACUUGCACAGUACCCACAGAUUGAGACCUACCUAGACCAGAUACUGCCCAAGAAAGAUGCUCUAAAAAUUAUCAAAUGUCAUGAACAUAUAGAGAUCUUGGCUGGACAAAGUGGAGAAUUGCUGUUCUUUAGGCAGAGAGAUGGUCCUUACUGCCCAACACUUAAAUUAGUACAUAAAUACCCAUUCAUUCUCCCACACAUGCAGGUAGACAAAGGUGCAAUCAGGUUUGUUCUUAGUGGUGCCAACAUCAUGUGUCCUGGCUUGACAUCGCCAGGAGCCAGAAUGACCCGUGUUCCCAAAGAUACAGUGGUGGCUGUAAUGGCAGAAGGCAAGCAGCACGCACUUGGAAUUGGUCUCACAAAGUUAAAAGCAGAUGACAUCUUGGAAAAAAAUAAAGGUGUUGGUGUGGACAACAUUCACUUUCUGAAUGAUGGACUAUGGAACAUGAAACCAGUUAAAUAACAAAUGUUAAUUUUAGACUCAAUUGUGUAAAAUGUGCUACGUCAAAGUGUACCAUUGUAAAUAUCCCAAUUAAAACAUUGCAUCUCGAAAAA